UGUACUCUCAGACUAUUGCGAGUCGCAACUGUGGCUGCUGCAAGCUCACUGUCUGGGUUCGGAAACUAGAGGGGUUUCGAAACUAUGGCUGAACCCAAAUAAUCCCAAAUCCUCAUCUCCUCAUGCCAAAGCCCUCGAAUUGAAAAGAACCAUCCUCCUCCUCCAAAACCCUAGUUCUUCUUGAUGAUAAUAUGUUUUUUUCUCUGAGAAAUUUAUCCAAAUCUAGGGCAAGCACCAACUACCACUAUGUCUUUUCCUUUCUCAAUGCCAAUGGUUUUGUAAGCUCCGGUCCCUGCUCACCUUCUUCUUACUGUUUUAGCCCUAGUGCUGCGUUUUCAACGACAUCAACCGCCUGCUUGAUCCAAGCCAAGGACGUCGUCCUCUCUUUCAAAGAAUGGUUCAAGAGCCGCAACGACGCGUUGAUCGACCGCAUCUUCCAGAUCCUCAAGACCACCGAAGACGACAACACCGUCCUCGACCUCGACAACUCCAACGGCGUGUCGUUUCACUAUCACCACCGCUCCUCCGCCGACUCGGCGCUUGCCCAUCUGAACCUCCGCCUCUCUGAGACCUUCGUCUUGGAGGUGCUCCGCUAUGGCAGCAGCGGCCACGACGUCCUAUCCUGUCUCAAGUUCUUCGACUGGGUCGGCCGCCAGCACGGCUUUAACCACACCCGCGCGACCUUCAACGCCAUUUUCAAGAUUCUUUCUCGCGCCAAGCUCAUGUCACUGAUGCUUGAUUUCCUGUCCACCUACAGGAAGCAGAGGUAUGCGCAUUCGGUUCGAUUUCAGGACACUUUGGUGAUGGGUUAUGCCGUGGCUGGCAAACCCGACAUUGCACUCCAACUGUUUGGUAAAAUGCGCUUUCAGGGGCUUGACCUGGAUGUGUUUGCUUACCAUGUUCUUUUGAAUGCUUUGGUGGAAGAGAAUUGUUUUGAUGCUGUUCAGGUCAUUGCCAAGCAGAUUUCUUUGAGGGGUUUUGAGAACGAGAUCACUCAUUCCAUCAUGCUCAAGUGGUAUUGUAAGCAGAACUUGCUGGAUGAUGCUGAAAAGUAUUUGCGUAAAAUGUUGUCUGACGGGAGGGCCGUCAAUGGGCAUGCCGUGAGUGUUCUUGUGGAUGCCCUUUGUAAGAAUAAUAAGUUCGAGCAGGCUGGGAAGUUGGUGGAGGAGUUUAAGGGCGCUGGGGUGGAACUCAUGGAGAGUGCCUAUGGUGUGUGGAUACGUGAUCUUGUUCAUGCUGGGAGGUUAGAUGGGGCGUUGGAGUUUCUGCAUAACAAGAGGUCAUUGGAAGGGUAUGUGCCUGAUACUUUUAGGUACAAUACUUUGAUAUGUAGGCUUUUGAGGGAGGAUCGGCUUGAGGAGGUUUGUGAUUUGUUGAUGGAGAUGAAGGAUGGUCAGAUUUGCCCUGAUAAGGUCACCAUGAAUGCUGCCUUGUGCUUCUUUUGCAAAGCAGGAAUGGUUGAUAUUGCUCUUGAGUUGUAUAAUUCAAAAUCUGAGUUUGGGUUCUCUCCUAGUAGUAUGGCUUACAACUAUUUGAUCAAUACUUUCUGUGGGGAUGGCAGCGUGGACGAAGCAUAUAGAGUGUUGAAGAAUUCUAUGGAACAAGGUUAUUUUCCGGGUAGAAAAACAUUUUCUAUACUUGCAGAUGCUUUGUGCAGAGAGGGAAAGCUCGAUAAGAUGAAGGAGUUGGUUAUUUUUGCGCUAGAGCGGAACUUUAUGCCAAGUGGUUACACAUAUGAUAAGUUCAUUACAACUCUGUGUAGAACUAAGAGGGUAGAAGAUGGUUAUUUAAUACACGGGGAACUCAACAGAAUAAAUAAAGUUGCUAGAAAGAGUACAUACUUUAACUUGAUACAUGGUUUUAACCAGUCAAGUAGGGGUGAUAUUGCUGCUAGACUUCUGAUUGAAAUGCAAGAAAAGGGUCACUCACCGACUCGUAACCUGUUCAGAGGUGUAAUUUGCUGUCUAUGUGAUAUGGAAAAUCCAGAUAAGCAAUUUUUUAAUUUGUUAGAGCUGCAGUUGUGUUGUCGGGAACCUAGUUGUCAAAUUUACAACUUUUUCAUCUAUGGAGCUGGGCAUGCGAAAAGGCCCGAUCUGGCUAGACAAGUAUAUGAGACGAUGCAGCGAAGUGGGAUUGAGCCCAAUCUGAGAUCUGAUGUUCUUAUGUUGCAGAGUUAUUUGAGGAGUGAACGAAUUUCGGAUGCUUUGAACUUCUUCAAUGAUCUGCACCAGAGAAGAGAGAUGGGGAGAAGAUUAUACAGCACAAUGAUUGUUGGUCUCUGCAAGGUCAAAAGGGCGGAUAUUGCACUUGACUUCUUGAAGGAAAUGAGAGAGAAGGGAGUGGUUCCAAGCGAUGACUGUUAUGAGUUUCUUAUACAGUUGUUGUGCUGGAAUCAAGGAUAUCAUUUAGCAGUAAAUCUCAUUAAUGACUUGGAGAAAGUUGGCCGCCAUAUUACAUCCUUUACUGGUAACAUACUUCUGUUGCAUUCUCUGAAAAGUCAAGAGCUCUACGAGGCUUGGGUUCAACUGAGACAGGUGCCAAAUGAGAAGUCUGAUAGUUCAAUGCUUGGUCUGCUUAUUGGUGCAUUUUCUGGUCGUGUCAGGUUGAGCCAAGAUAUUGAGAAUUUGGAAGAAGUAAUUGAAAAGUGCUUUCCGCUAGAUGUAUACACAUACAAUUUGUUGCUGAGAAGACUAAGCGAGACCAAUAUGGACCGUGCUUGUGCAUUGUUCAAUAAGAUGUGCCAGAAAGGGUAUGAGCCUAACCGGUGGACUUAUGACACCUUAGUACAAGGUUUUCUUAAACAUGGGAGGACUUCUGAGGCAAGGAGAUGGUUAGAAGUGAUGUACCGGAACAGGUUUCAUCCAACAGAGCGUACGAAGCUACUCAUUUGAUUUGUUUUCAUUGAAGUCACUGGUGCAGUGUCUGACAUUUACUAGACAUUACACAGUUGCAAAGUUCAUACAAGUUUUGCCGCAUGAUAAUAUAUUUCAUACCUUGUUGGACAUGCAUCUGCAGGAGUAAUUUGAGAGGAUUAUUUUAAACCACGAUGAAGAGAUGGGAUUUAUCAGACGCUGCCUGUAGAAUGUGAACUCAACAGUUGUUAUUGAUGCUAAAUGAGGACUACCAGGAAUGUUUUCCCAAACAAAAUUCAAGUAGACGGCAAUAUCAGAUUCCAAAAA